GGGAGUUUCUCACCCAUGAUAAGCAGCUGCUCGGUGAUGAAUGUCAUGAAGCAGUAUCGUUUUUGAAACAUUCAACUGAUGUAUCAACAAUCAAAGAGAAGAUGAGGGCCACAUUUCAGUACCGCCAGUCGCUGGUGCAAGAUCAGAGGUCCUCUUUAACGGUCUUGGAUGUCUUCCCAAGAUUUCUUGACAUCCCAGGCUUGAUCGAACAAGAUUUCAUACAAAUGUUUGGAGAGGAAGUGUCUGGAAGAUUUUUGGCAAGAUGGCCCACAUUUUUCAAAGCUAGGAUCCUGGCUGACUGCAAGAACAUGACUUCCAAUGAGCACAUUGAGAACCUCUUGUCCAUGCAGCAAGACUCCAGUGGUUCGGGCUGGGAUAGUGACCUUUCAAGUGUUCUGCUCUUGGUUCACUUGCUUCCCCCCACCUCUAAAGGCCACAAGAAGAGUGUGAAAAUGAGCUCAUGUCAAGCUGUUGACCAUGUUGUGAAAUAUCUUCAGAUGGGAGCCAGUGUUGAAACUUUCCUUGCUGGUGUGGAGCCAGGACAGCCAUUCCUCCUCUGUGUCGGUGAAAAUAAGAGCAGCAUCCAAAGAUACUAUGUCAUCAUGGAUCACAAGGCAAUCCCUUGCAAGGCACAGACAUCUCUGGCAGCUUUCGACGAGCUCUUUAAAGCACACUUCACCUUCAGCAUCAACUACCAUGAUUCCCUCCACAACUUCUAUACAUUCAUCCAAACCACAGUGUUCAACAUUGACGUGGGAAGUGCCAAGGAAAGUCCCAGAGUCAAGGAGAUCAGAGCAAGACUUUUGCAAGACACUUGUGACACUUGAAGAUCCGUGGCCAGAAAUAUGUUUAUCUGUUCCAUUUGUAAGGCAUACCACAAAAGUUCUGCAUUGCUUUGCCAGCAUUUAAGACACCAACAUGGUUUAUAUCCCGGAAAAACACUACGUUUGAAAUGUGGACAACCGGGAUGUUACUCAUCAUUUUGUACUUUUUCAGGUUUUAAGAAGCACCUUCUUAAUUUCCACAAAGAUAUUGCUCUGACUAAUAGUGGUGACACUGUGGACACUCAGGAUGAAGUUGGUGAGCCGUCAACUUCACAGGCUGUCGGAACA